CAAUGGUCAUCAAAGAUGGCGGAAUGUUUGUGUUUUGCAUUAAAAUGUCAAAAUCGUGAUAAUUUUAUUUUCAAUAUGUAAUAACAAUUAUCGUUCAAUAAUUAAUAAUUAAAAGUAAAUUUUAUUAUUCCUCGAAUGUUUAAAUUUGGGAAUUUUAAUUCCAUAAGAAUCUUGUUUUUUUUUUUCUAUACUCGCGAAUUGCACAUACGGUACAGUGAAUUUGUUUUUGACGUUUCUUUAUUGUAAAAAAUAUAUAUAAAUUAGUUUUUAUUCAUUAUCGAAAAGUUUUUAUUGAUAAAUAAAAUGCCAGCAGUAAUUGUGGGAAAUCCUCAACGCACUGAACAAAUGGCAGAGGCUUUAAAAGUUCACAUUCUUCGUGAAAGACAGCGUAAAAAACAAGAACAAGAAGCUGACGCCGAAGAGGAACGUCAACGAAAAGAAAGGGAACGUCAACAAAAACAAGAUGUAAUGACACUUGGUGAAACACGUGAACAAAUUACAACAUUGGAAAAUGAAUUGUCACAACUUAAAGAUGAGAAACAUCAAUUAUUUUUGCAAUUGAAAAAAGUUCUCAACGAAGACGAUAAUAGACGGCGGCAACUUAUUAAAGAAAACAACGCUUGUUCGGAAAUUAUGCCAAUAACUGGCGGUUAUCGAGAUCCAGGAACCGGAAGUGGAGGUGUUUGUAGAAGUCUAAGAGAUCCAGUUUUUCCGGGACAAAUGGUUCCGAGUCAUCCACUUUAUAAAAUAUUGAGCACAUUACCAGCACAAAUACCAGCGACUAUGAAAAGAACACGAAGUCCAUCACCACCACCACAGGCUUAUGGACCAUUUGUCUACACAGCAGCUCCAAUUCCAAAUUAUAAAAAUCCUCUGCCAAAAACAGAAGAAGCUGCCAGAAGAACGGGUGAUUCACGAGCUGUUCUUUGGAAUAAGAAUAAUCAGUAUCCACCUUCGAGUUUUUAUUCAACUCCAAGUGGCCAAGGUGUUUUCAGUUAUUCAGCUCCCACUUCACAACCGUCCAGAGAAUCAGAAGCUGAAUAUAUCACACUGCAGUCAAUUAUGCAGGACAAAUUUUAUCCAAGACCAACGAGUCACGUGACAGUUCACGGUGGAGCGAUUCCAAUUCAACAACCGCCACAGGGUGCAAAAACCGGUGGAAUUACUUCCGGUUAUCCGGUGAGAGCGCCACAACCGCCUCCUAGUGCUUAUCAACCGCCUCCACCACCUCCUGGAACUUAUGUUAGUGUUUCUGGAUCAAAUGUUCCGAGCAGAUUACUCUACACACAACCAGGCACUCGUUAUCUUCAACGUGACGUUUAAAUAACAAAUAUAUAUAUUCCUUAUAAUUAAAAUUGUUUAAUGAAAAAACACAAAUCCACAGCAAUUGUAAUGUUUUAUAUUGUACGACAAAAAAAAAAAAUUAAAUAAAUUUAAA